ACGCGCGAAAUGAUUCGAGUUCAAUAUUUUCAUGAAAUCCUAAAACUACUUUAGUUUAAUACCUAGUUUUUAAAAGAAAAAAAAAAGUGCUAUUGCUUUUCUGUCACAACAUGGAGCAAUACUUGAAGCAACACUACGAUGAGGAAAUCACCAAUCUGCUGAAUAAUCCGGACGAUAUGGUUAAUGUUUCGAUCAACGUAAACCUCACUCACCUUCAACGGAAGCAAUCAGCCCUGUACAGUUCCCUGUUGCGAAACACUUGCUCAGAAUUGAUCAAAUGGAACACUUGCCUCUUGAAUGCACAGAAGUCACUAGUGGAGGGGAACAUGUUCCUCGAACCGGGUUUCCAAAUCAAACAGAACUGCCACGUCCGGUUCGUUAACAUGCCGCAAACGGUCGCCGAAGCCGUCAGAAAGGUGGCCUUCCCGAACAACGAUAACGUCGGCCAGUUCCUACAGGUGAAGGGCAGUAUCAUUCGAAUGACUCAGGCACGGUUUCUCGAGUUCAAAAGGGAGUACACUUGCAGUCGGUGUAAGAACGAUUUCAUUCUGGAAGCGCAGUACGAAAAGAGCUACGUAUUUGAUCCACCUCGAGCGUGUCCGCUAGCGGGUGAAACCGGAUGCAAGGGAAUACCGCAUCAGAAGAGCGCGCAACCUCAACCGGAUUACUGCCGAGAUUACCAGGAAAUUCGCAUCCAGGAGAUUAUGAGCGAACGGAAUGUGCCAGCGUCGUUGCUAGUUACGCUGGAGGAUGAUUUGGUGGAUAAUUGUCAACCUGGUGAUUGUGUAACCGUCGUUGGGACCAUAGAGCGUCGUUGGAGUCCAUUGGUGCAGAGCAAACGGACUGAAGUGACGAUCGCUAUGAAUGCAAACAGCAUUUCCAAGGAUGAAAAUAAGAUGAAUUUGGGAAAGGAUUUGCCGGAGCACUUGGUGUUCGUGCGAGGGGAGUGGCAGAAUACGAUCAAGGAGAUCGGGGAGCUGUCGGCCAGAGAUAUGCUGGUGCAGUCGUUCUGUCCCGAAAUCCAUGGGAUGUAUCCGGUAAAGUUGGCGGUUGCCCUGUCGCUUGCUAGCUGUACGGAACGAUUUUUGGGGAGUGGAGCGAGCAUACGAGGCCAUUCACAUUUGUUGCUGGUGGGUGACCCUGGGUUGGCCAAAUCAAGACUGUUGAAAUUUGCUUCAGAGGUAUCGAUGCGUUCGGUUUUCACCACUGGCAUGGGGUGUUCGGCAGCUGGAUUAACGGCUGCGGCAGUGAAAGAAGACGGUGAGUGGCAGUUGGAAGCGGGGGCGUUGGUCUUGGCAGAUGGGGGCGUCUGCUGUAUCGAUGAAUUUAAUCUAAUGCGAGAGUCGGACAAGGCUUCGAUCCACGAGGCGAUGGAACAACAGACGAUUAGUAUGGCAAAGGCCGGAUUGGUGUGCAAGUUGAGCACGAGAUGUGUGGUGCUGGCGGCAACCAAUCCGAAGACUCUGUUCUCGAUGGUUGAGAUGGAGGCCAAUAGCAGCGCUAAUCUGGGCAUUGGAGGACCGUUGCUGAGUCGAUUUGAUCUGGUGCUGAUUCUGACGGACGACCGGAAUAAGUACUGGGAUGUGAGAGUGGCCAAUCACAUUCUGGCCCUGUCAGUUAUGGACGAUGUGAGGGAUAAGUUUGAAGAAACCUCUCCGGAUGGUCAUUGGGAUUUGGAACGACUACAGACGCAUUUUCUUGCCAUCAAAGAUAUUCAUCCUCGGAUCACGGACGAUGCAAACACUAUUCUGGGAGCCUACUACAAACUGUGCCGAGCGGAUCCGUCUCGUGACCCUUCGCGGACUACCGUGCGGUUGCUGGACAGUUUAGUCCGCUUGUCGCAAGCACACGCUCGGUUGCUGUUCCGGGACGAGGUCACUCCGGUGGAUGCCAUCACCGUAAUUCGAUUGAUGGAAUCAAGUUGGAGCUUUGGGAAGGUUGUACCGCCGGUUGAUCUGAUACGCAAAGAGCUUCCCAUCGGGCCGACACGAGAGGAGAUCACCGAAGUUCUGGACCAGCUGCUUCUCUCCGAUAUCGUGAAGGACGUCCAGUUGGAACAGGUGAACCAAAACCGAGUGGAACAGUAUCAGAAGGAACUGGUCGAAAAGCGAAAGCAAGCUACUUCCGCCAGCAAAUGGGAUUCAUUGUCCACCCAGAAGAUCAUUCAAUUCGAUGAGAGAGUACUCAGCGAGUUGGACAAUAACAAGAAACAAAACGACGAGAAAGCAGUCAAGGAAUCGGAACCUGUCGUGGAAAAACGAAAACCACUUGAGGAAGGAGAUCUCUACUCGAAAUAUUCCUUUACCCAAAUGCGGAAAAACAACGUAAAGAAAAUAAGGAAGGAAUCAAAUUCUUCGAAUGUUGAUAAACCUCCGGAAGCUACGAAGAAAUCUAAAUCGAAAAAAGCGAUCACCGAACCUGAUCUAAAGUUGAAGGAAAAUUUGAAUAAUGAUCAAUUGGACCGCAUAUUCAGCAGUUUGCGACAGAACUUCAUGUCCGAGUUGAGUGAAGCCACUCAGCCGGCGAAACCUGAGACAGUCGUCCGAAGCAGUCAGUUGGAUACGAACUACCCUCUAGCCAGUGGUAGAUCAAGGGUCUCCCGGGAAGAGUCCUUCCGAACCAUGCUAGACGUUAGUUACCUACUGGAGGACGAAGACCUCGAAGAGAAAAGCAUUACCGUUAGUGCUAAAACGACAAAUUCCAGUAUGAGCGUGUUUGAAAACUCCGACGUAUUUAAAUCGCCGGUAACGUCCCCUUGUGAACCUGCCAAGUUUAGUGAAGAUCAUUCAUUACUUGCAAAACCUCUCAUUAGCUCGAACGAUUCGUGUUCUGAAGAUGACUCGUCUCGAUUUCGAUUUAAAAGACCCAUAGAUGGAUCCAGUGCCCAAGAGUCCCGCUUCCAGUUCAAGCGAUCGACUCGGACAAAGCCACUGCAAUCAAGCGAACCCACAGAAGAAUCCGAAUCUCGAUACCGCUUCAAAAGGCCUCCCACAGCAACAGUUAUGAACCCCAUGCUAGUAAGCCAACCCUCGGAUUUCGAUUUGGAUUUCGACACGGAGAUCCUAGCACUGGAGGAACAGCCUUCGAGCUCGACCAACCCGCAAAAACGAUCGCUCUCUGAGCAAACGUUGAACAAAAUCCGUGCCUUCGAGUUUGUGAAGAGCAACUUGGAUGACGCCGGAGAAACUUCCAAACCUGGUCCAAACGGCAAGAAGCAACAGGAUGAUAGCGCCUACGAGUCCCAGCAAUCGCACUUAUCGUCGCCGUCGUUGUCUGCGGUAAGAAAAUCUUGGAAGAUGGACGUCAAGGUACCGGAAUUGAAAGUCGUAGCAACGCUUGGAGGACCGGUGGACGUUGAUGCGGAACUGGAAAUGUUGGAGUCGGUGGAUUUUUGAACACGAUCGAAUUUAAACUGUGCUCUGAUGGCUGUGCUAUCUUCAGGACUCAUCAUGAUUGGAAUAAAAUAAUGACUGUAGUAAUACCCUGAAUGUCACUAUU